AUGCGUUUUAUCGAAGCCUUCCAGACGGCCCUUGUCCUGGCUGCCUCUACCACCGUCCAAGCAUGGAACAGACUGGACAAAGAAAACGCGGCCCUUCUUAUUAUUGACCACCAGGUGGGACUUUCCCAGCUGGUUCGGGAUUACAGUACCAAUGAUUUCCGGAACAACAUGCUGGCACAUGCUGCCUUGGGAAGCGUGUUUGACAUCCCAGUGGUGAUGACUACAUCUUCUGAUGAGGGUCCCAAUGGCCUCAUGCUCAAGGAGAUCCGGGAGAUGUACCCUAACACGACCCUUAUCCGCCGUCAGGGCGAAGUCAAUGCAUGGGACAACAGCGAAUUCCGUAAGGCGGUAAAGGCUACAGGCAAGAAGCAGCUCAUCAUUGGUGGCAUUGUCACUGAAGUCUGUACUACUUUCUUGGCCCUUUCCUUGGUUGAUGAGGGCUAUGAAGUCUAUGCAAAUACCGAGGCUAGUGGAACUUUCGAUGCCCGCCUGGCAGAGGAUGCCAAUCGUCGAAUGGAGAAGGCAGGCGUCACCCUGAUGGGGUUCUUCGCUAUCGUUUGCGAUCUGAUGCGAGACUGGCGGAACACUCCUGGCCUGACCCAACUGCUUCCCUUCCUUGAUCAGUACCAGUUUGCCUAUGGAUUGGUGGCCCGGCACCACGCUGGAGCCAUUGUGAACGGAACACUUGCCUCGAUUGAGGAGGUCCUAAUCUAAGCAUGAAGCUUCGAUUACAAGGUAUGGGAUGCAGAUACAGCAGUUGUACG